ACAUGUGAGAUGCAAAGCAUAUAUGAGAAAGGGGAAUAUGAUUUAUAAAUGUGGCACUACAUGACGUUGCUCCCUACUGUACCAAUGACAAGUCACCAUUUUCUACCACCAACAAUAUCAACAUAUGGGUUGGGUUGGGUCCCUAUUGUCCAUUCUACACAGAGAACUAACUAGUAGACAAUUCAACUUGUGUACCACCACCAAUCAUCAUACUCCACAAACACAGUAAUUGAGCCAAACACUUGAAGCUCAACCAUGGCUUCUUUACUUCAUUCUACACCUCCCCUUUCUCACAAUCAAUACUCUUCAUCUUCUUCACCUCAUUCUUGUCAGUCUUUUCCAUGCCAUCUUCCAGCAAGGAGCAAGAAAAGUACUCAAAGUUAUGAUAGCAAGAGGAGCUUAGUUUGCCAGUCUGGUGUUGAUGAGGUCACUUUUACUGAGCCACCUGGUAGUAGCAAAGAAGAUAAAGCUCAGCUUAUUGCCUCUCUCAAACUCAAGUUAUUGAGUGCUGUUUCUGGGCUAAAUAGAGGUCUUGCUGCAAGUGAAGAUGACCUGAAGAAGGCAGAUGAGGCUGCUAAGGAGCUAGAAUCUUGCGCAGGAGCUGUAGAUCUUGCAGCUGAUCUUGAUAAACUUCAAGGGAGGUGGAAACUGAUUUACAGCAGUGCAUUCUCAUCUCGUACUCUUGGUGGAAGUCGUCCUGGACCCCCUACUGGAAGACUUCUUCCCAUUACUCUUGGUCAGGUAUUUCAAAGAAUUGAUGUACUAAGCAAGGAUUUUGACAACAUAGUGGAGCUCGAAUUAGGUGCUCCCUGGCCUUUACCGCCAGUUGAAGUGACUGCCACUUUAGCCCACAAAUUUGAAUUGACAGGAACAUCUACGAUUAAGAUUACAUUCGAGAAAACUACAGUGAAGACAACCGGAAACUUAUCACAGCUGCCACCAUUAGAGGUGCCUCGCAUACCGGAUCAGUUCAGGCCACCAUCAAAUACAGGAAGUGGCGACUUUGAAGUUACCUACAUCGAUUCAGAUACACGUGUUACAAGGGGAGACAGAGGAGAGCUUAGAGUUUUCGUUGUCUCAUAAGUUUGGCUGCAAUAAAUAUAGUUUUCCUACAAUGGUUUGUUGCUACAAUUUCAUGUAACAACAUAUCAAAUGUGUAGAUAUGUUUCAACAUUAUUCUGCAACUGAAAAAAUAUAAUUUGUAUGCAGUAUAUUUGAUGUGUGACUA